UUGGCAGGCGUGCUGCUGGCGUUGCUCCUGGUGCUGGUGCUGGUCGUCUCCCUGCUCUCCAAUCUCCUGGUGCUGCUAUGCUUCGUCUACAGUACGGAGAUCCGCAAGCAGGUCGCCGGGGUUUUCCUGGUGAACUUAUCCUUUUGCAACCUGCUCCUCACCGUCCUGAACAUGCCUUUUACCCUGCUGGGGAUUCUGAGGAACCAGCAACCCCUCGGGGGCUGCGUCUGCAAAGCGGUGGGUUUCCUGGAAACUUUCCUGACUUCCAACACCAUGCUGAGCAUGGCAGCACUCAGCAUCGACAAAUGGAUUGCCGUGGUGUUCCCCUUAAGCUACACCAGCAAGAUGCGGUAUAAAGACGCUGUGAUACUGAUGGGCUACUCAUGGCUCCACUCCCUCACGUUCCCCUUGGUAUCCUUGUUUUACUCUUGGGUAGAUUAUAGCAGCGUUUAUGCCUCUUGCACCUUGCACCUGAAGGAAGAGACAGAGCGGAGAAGGUUUACUGUGUUCACCAUCGUCUAUCACUCCACCAGUUUCAUGCUGUCUCUGGUGAUCUUGUGUUUCACCUAUUUAAAGGUGUUGAAAGUUGCCCGGUUCCACUGCAAGCGGAUAGACAUUAUUACAAUGCAGACUCUGGUUUUGCUGGUGGAUAUCCACCCCAGUGUAAAGCAGCGCUGUCUUAAUGAGCAGAAGCGGAGGAGGCAGAGGGCUACCAAGAAAAUCAGUAUUUUUAUAGGGUCAUUCGUGAUCUGUUUUGGUCCUUACAUUAUCACCAGGUUGAUAGAGCUCCUUCCUUUUGUUACCAUAAAUUACUACUGGGGAGUUAUGAGCAAGUGCCUCACCUACAGUAAGGCUGCAUCAGAUCCAUUUGUUUACUCACUUUUACGUCAACAGUACAAAAAAGUUCUGAUCAACAUCGUCAAUCGGAUCCUGAAGAGGGACUUGUAUCCGUCAUCAGGGUACAACAGCUCUCUUGAUACCGAAAACGAUUACUGUUUGCACAGAACAAACUAG